AUGAAGUAUCUGACGAUUGGCUGUCAGUUACCGGAGUCUUUCAAAGAUAAACUUGAAAAACCAGUUUUCCUGCUGGUACGGCAGUAUGGGGUGUUUCGACCCAUCUUUUCUUUUCGUCAGGUGAAACCCCCAAUGGUUAAACGCGCGUUUAAAGCCGUCGGACUGACGUGUUUGAUACUACCGCCCGAAGGUAACGUUGAAGACGAUCAGGAAGCUCAGGGCGACUCGACGGAGCCAUCUUCCAAUACAGAGGAAAAUGUAUUUUAUGGACCGGCGUUGCCUCCAGAUAUGCAGCCAUCGGAAUAUAUACAUGCUGAAGGCGCGCCAGCGGCUGAUCAUUCGGUGCCAGUCGAUCAGGAAGAGGAAAGCGGUUGUGAAAUCGGUCCGCUGCCAGAGAUGGCUGAAAAGAAGGAGCAUGACGAAGUGUACUUGGCCAGACUCAGUGAAGUACGACGAUCCAAGGAGUCGAAGGUGGCACACAAAACGCGUGAAGAGUGGAUGACCGAACUUCCAUCAGCAAUGAAACAGUACGGUCUUGGUGCGCGCAGCUUUCAGAAGCGAGAUGCCGGUGACAGAGCUGCGAAUCGCUCACUGUGGACCAAGUUGCCGACCGAUGCCAUCCCAGAGGAAGCAGAAAACACAUCCGCUGCAGCAUUUCAUAAAGUUCUCGAGCUGCAAGCAUUGAGGACGCGUGAUGAGAAGAUGGACAAAGACGCCGGUGCGUGGAACCAAGAUCGCUCUUUAUCUCUGGUCGAGAUUAACCGUCAGAACCGUAAAAGGAAAGCUGAAUUGAACAAGCGAGAAGAGUCAGAAAAAGUGGAGCGCCGUCCGUUCGACCGCAAUGUUGACUUGAAAGUGUCGGGCGGAUUUGCGAACAGCAGUGAAGUUUUGCAACGGGCGUCUGAUCUGGGAAGCCGCUUUGGCCACAGCAGUGCGCAGAAUGAUAAACUGUUGGCAGUGAUCAAGAUUCUGCAGAGUUCGCAGCGUCUCGACACCGAAGCGAGCGAUGAAACGGCCGUAGGCCAGAUUCUCAUCACCGACACAGCAUGCGACAACAGCGAGCAGACAGCGAGGGCGAAGAGGAUGUGUGCUUCGAUGCUUCGCGUGCUUUCAACUGUGCCGGGGACAGUAAUGCUGAACAGUCAGAUGUCAGUGCGAAAUUUUCGGCCGAUUGCCCAAAGAUGUCUUGGGUGCGUUACAAACCAUCGUUACGAUAUCUCUCCCCACUCCGUCCUCGAACCAGAACAGGUAGGGACUCUUUUGCUGACUGGUAUCUUCGCUUUGUUUCGUCGAUCUUCGGCAGCCGUUGUUGUGCUGCUAAACCCCGGCUGCCAGAAAGCGAUGACCAUGUUCUGGUCGCUGACUUUUCGCAGCGUGCCUCAGUCCCCCAACAGCCUGCGCGGCGUUUAG